AACGCUAUACUUUAUUACUAUACUAUAUUAACGAUAACAAAUUAAUUGUAAACGGCUUCAGACAAUUGCGGUCGAACGGUUUGUUAUACUUCACGAACAUUUGUGUUUUAAUUACAAAAACAAAUACCGAAAUAAUAAAUAAAAAUAAUGAACAAAAGUAAUUCAUCGACUCCAAAGUCGUUGAAGACUUCCAGAGUUCCGCGUCUAGGUACAAACAAAAGAGGAGUCCAGUCAACAGCGGGCCGUAAGAAGGCGUGCAAAAACGAAAAGGUCGUUGCAAUAAAACAAGAAUAUGUCGACCUAAACACUAGCGUUGAAACACCGUCUGAACGCCGUAAACUACCGAAAACUAAACAAAACAAAACGAAACCGGCGAAAAGAACAAUAACGAUAAAAAGCGAAACCGCCCUAACUAGUAAUACUGGGAGUUCAGAGUAUAGCGAUAAUUCGUCAGUAAAGAAGGCAGGAGGAAAAGGUCCCCGAAAAUACAGAAAGUCAUUGCCGUUAGUAUUUGAACCGUUAACCAAAACCGAUAACAGCGAUGGGUCAUCGGUGGAAGAACCGUCGGAGGAUUACAAAGAAGGAGAAGGAGGAGAAGUCGUUGACUGUUCGAAGUGUACGUAUUUGGGCGAGAGGGAAACCCUUAAGUCGUUGUGGGAUAAAUGUCUAUACGAAUGUUUCACAUCGAAAAGAUGCGUGGCCGAUGAAAAGCCGAAGCGCAAAUACCGAAAAAAGCCCAAGCCUCCGAAACCAGCGCCAAAAAGGCGGAAAUUCAUCACGCAACCAUUGUCGUGCAUAGACACGUCCGGCACGGCUGUAGCCCACAAUGGUUAGUAAUAAAACACCAAUAAUUAAUUUCUUAAAAUAAUUAAUACU